AUGCCAUCGCCCCCAAAAGCCGAUUACGCUCUUCUUCCCCUCCACGACAGCCCUCCGCCCGCGUAUCCCGCCCUGCCGCAGAACCACACAACAACACAGGGGCCCGAGCCGACCACGUCGUCGUCGCAUUCGGAGAGCGGUUCGCACGAUGUCGUGUUUGCAGCGUCCCGCGACGAGGACCUGCGCGCACGCAUGUACACUGACGUCUGUGCAGCCGCCGCCGGCUUCAUCGUGGUGCUCUGUACCACCGUCGGGAGCUUCAUCGUGGUGCUCGCUACCACCACCAGCGACGUCUUCGCUGCCGCCUGCGGCUUCCUCGUGGUGCUCUGCGACACAGCCAGUAACAUCGUCGCGAGCGGCCAUGUGAAGUACUUCGUGAUGAUGGGCGUGGCGGCGGCAGUUGUGUAUGUGAUAGCGCCCAAGGCGUUGGCGCUGUACCAUGAGCUCUUGGCCGCUGGUGGGCGGGCGCACGCUGCUUGA